GCGUAAUUUUCGGGCGGGCAUAAAAUGCAUGUUUGCUGUGUGCAUACAUGCUGUUUGUCGCUCCAAACAGACAUGCGCGUGUACAGCGAAAUGGCUCUGCACCUCACACACUGAAAACCGUGCAACUGGGGCAUGCAUUCACUUUAACACAGCGGACCAACAAGCUGGUGUAGUCUGUAGCAGAUCCGCGGGAAUACAACGACGUUUUGGGUUUCUGAAAUAACAUUGGAUUACUGGAGCUGCAGGACGGGGGUUUGAAGGAGGACUUCAGUUUUAAGGAUACGGGAAAACGUACAAAUCAUAGAUGUGAAAAGGCAGGUGCGUUUCGAGAUUUUGCACCUCGGUUUUUUUUCUUCUUUUGCGAUCUGAUUUUCGGCCGGAGCCUAUGAAAUGCAGCCUCUACCUGACAGAUGUGUGGGACCACAACUGCAGCCCACAGAGAGCAUCUCCUGUCUACCUGCUGCUGAUCUGCUGUGGUCGGCUGUGAAGGAUUGAGACUGCCAGCUGCACAUCAUCAUCACCAUCAUCAUCACCAUCAUCAUCAUCAUCAUCAACGUGUGCCACUUCUAACACGACAAGACACAAGAAGACAGAGGCUGCUUUUGGCUGAUCAAAGAGCCAGCAGUCACAAAGCACCUGUAGACCAUGACUCCAGCAGAGCUGCUCGCGUGAAAGCAGCAUGAGAUAGUCAAGGAGUACCAUACUAUUAGCUGAUUCAAGCUUUUUCUGUUUGGCGGUGAUGAAAAUGUUCCCGUGUGUCAGUUGACUGACAGGGUUGCAGUGCUGUUCUAGCCGGGACAUAGCCAGCAGCUGAAGCGCAGACACCCACAAAGGAGAUGGCUCGUCCAGGAUCAGGGUUGCUGGUGCCCGUCAACGGGCUGGGGUACCCUCCCCAGAACCUGGCCAGGGUGGUGGUCUGGGAGUGGCUGAACGAACAUGGCCGCUGGAGGCCGUACAGUGCAGCGGUUUGCCACCAUAUUGAGAACGUACUGAAGGGGGAUGCCCGGGGAACUGCAGUCCUGGGGCAGGUGGAUGCCCAGCUCUCUCCAUACAUCAUCGACCUGCAGUCCAUGCACCAGUUUCGACAGGACACAGGCACCAUGAGACCAGUGCAGAGGAACUUCUACGAGCCGUCGUCUGCCCCGGGGAAAGGGGUGGUGUGGGAGUGGGAGAACGACAACGGCUCUUGGACGCCGUAUGACAUGGAGAUCUGUGUGACCAUCCAGAAUGCCUACGAGAAGCAGCACCCCUGGCUUGACCUGACCUCUCUGGGCUUCUGCUACCUCAUCGACUUCAACAGCAUGUGUCAGACCAACAGGCAGAGCCAGCGCAAGCGACGCCUGCGGAGACGCAUGGACCUGGCCUACCCACUCAUCAUGGGUUCCAUCCCCAAGUCGCAGUCGUGGCCCGUGGGAGCCAGCUCAGGCCAGCCCUGCUCCUGCCAGCAAUGCAUCUUGGUCAACAGCACGAGAGCCGCCUCUAAUGCGAUUCUGGCCUCUCAGCGGCGUAAGCUCUACGGAGGAACCGUGGUCAACCCGGGUGCUACAGGAACCCUCGCUGUAGUGCGGCAGAGCAACACUUUUGCUGGAACCUCCCUCUGGUCUCCGACAUCCGCAUCCUCGGGCCACAACAACAAUAACAUAAGUAUGGGAGGCGGGCAAGCCAAAGCGGAACAGGUGCAGUUGCCACUGUCCUCUGCCAACUUCCCCUGUUCCCCCGUGAUGCCAUCGCUUUCAUCCGCCCAUGGCCACCACGCUCUCACAAUCAACGGACAGAACAACCUGAACCGGCCUGGCACCCAGCGCAUUUCCAUGGGCAGUGCCAGAGGAGCCAUCCCACCAGGGGUUCCUGCCCUCCCAGUGAAGAACCUGACUGGAUCUGGACCAGUGCACCCAGCACUAGCAGGUAUGACAGGUAUCCUGAUGUGCGCUGCAGGUCUGCCGGUUUGCCUGACUCGGGCCCCCAAGCCAAUACUGCACCCACCACCCAUUAACAAGAGCGACAUGAAGCCAGUGCCAGGGAUCAAUGGCAUGCGCCGCAAAACCAAGAAAAAGCACCUGAGGAGAGGCAAAAGCCCAGAGGAUGUGGUGCGAAGAUACACCGAGAAGAUUAAAGUGGUGCCGGAUGAGGACUGUACCAUCUGCAUGGAGAGGUUGGUCAUGGCAUCAGGCUAUGAAGGCAUCCUGCAGCACAAAGGCAUCAAGCCAGAGCUGGUGGGCAAACUUGGCAAGUGUGGCCACAUGUACCAUCUGCUGUGCCUGGUGGCCAUGUACAACAAUGGCAAUAAGGAUGGCAGUCUUCAGUGUCCAACAUGCAAAACCAUCUAUGGGGAGAAAACAGGCACCCAGCCUCCUGGGAAGAUGGAGUACCACGUCAUCCCCCACUGCCUGCCCGGCUACCCAGACUCCAAGACCAUCCGCAUCGUCUACGACAUUCCUGCUGGGAUCCAGACCAAUGAGCACCCCAACCCCGGGAAGAAGUUCAGUGCAAGAGGAUUCCCUCGACACUGCUACCUCCCUGACAGUGACAAGGGCAGGAAGGUCCUGAAGCUGCUGAUCAUGGCCUGGGACCGACGCCUCAUCUUCACCAUCGGCACGUCCAGCACCACGGGCGAGUCGGACACGGUGGUGUGGAACGAGAUUCACCACAAGACAGAAUUCGGCUCCAACCUGACCGGCCACGGCUACCCUGACCCCAAGUACCUGGAUAACGUCCUGACAGAGCUGUCGGCCCAGGGGGUCGGCGAGGACAACCUGAAGGACUGACGGCCGGCUGAGCUGGUAUACAGGAUCACAACCCACCAUGCCCCGCCGUCUCCCAGACAACAGGACGCUGCAUGACGGGCCAACAGGCAGCCGACAACUCUUUACUCUCCACAAACGAAAAUACCCUGCAGAAGUGGUGGCACAAGAGCAACGCAAGCAAAAUAAACGACGUGGUUUAUGGUCGAUAUUUUUGAUUUGUACAACCUAAGAUCCCCCCCCCCCCCCCUCUGCUGUCUCUUGAUCCAUGCCUUGAGCAUGUUGUGUUCAUGCCAAAUGUUCUCAGAGUGUUGACGAAUGUAAAGACAAGCUGAGAUUUCUGUUUUGGUAAAAAGGUAUAUAACCCCUUCUUAGAUUGAAACUGAAGUUGUUCCUCUGCGCUUGAUGAGCGGCCAAAACUAUACGAAGGCAUAUUUGUAAAUGCUGAACUCCAGAAUGCAUGGCCCAGACUAACGCUUCAUAAUGAAGGUUGGGCAAUUACCUGCAAUCGGGUGAGGCGUCUAUAGAUCAGUUGUUGCUAGAUAUUGUGAAGAGAAAUUUAAGAGAAUUUCAGCAUUUUGAAUUAAUCCAAAUGAAUUGAUUAUUUGCAUCCCCCCCUUUUCUCUUGUAAUAAUUAUUGUCCUGUAAAAAGUGGUGGUUUUGUGAUUUGAAGGAGAGGAUUUGGGCGUAUUUUUGGUGAUGUGACAGUAAAGUUGCACUUGGCAUCUCUGACAUUUUCCCCUUCUAAAACUUAAGGUCAGUGUUCUCUAAAAAAAAAAAAAUGGAAGUGUGUUCUGUAGUGCAUGAAGUAAACUCCAGGGACAAAGGCUAUGAAAUAUUAGUGUCUGGUAAUAAAGCUAUGUUGUGUGGUUAACCUUGUAGACUGUCUUACGAGAGGAGACAUGACAUAUAGAUGAAACGAGCAUCUUACCAGUCAGUUUGAUGCUUGUUAUGAGCUGUUGUAAAUGAACAGGCUGUGGUUGUGAAGUGAGAUUUUCCACGCUCCAAGGGGAAAUUCAUUUGUUUUGUUGACACACUGAUGACGCUGACCUCUCUGAAUAUUAAGCCUGCGUUAUUUUUCUCCCCCGUUGGAGGCAAACCCAGGAGUCGGCACGAUCCAUCAUGCUGACCAUACACGAGAGUGUGAUUGCGUGCUCUGAGGCAAUAAUAUGCAGGCUUGAGGUCCUUGAGGAGAAAAGCUGAACACACUUCUGGCAGAUGGACGCUCUCCCUAUGAGAUCCAUCUUAGGCUCCUGCUCGCCUGCAAUCCACAAGUCUCUUGUGAGCUUGUUUGCUGCUUGUACAGCGAGCGGCGAAACAUCUCAUUCCCUGUGUGAGCUCACUCAGAGUUGUUUGAGACAAACCUUAUGUACCCGCCCCCCACUUUCCUCCUCCUCAGCAGCAGCAGAGCACUUCAUUCUAGCAACCAUGCAACUGGGGGUCUAAUACGUAGUUAGCUGGGAACCAUUUUUUCCUGCGCUCUCCAUUUUCCCCCCUCAGAUGUUAUGCCUGUGAGGUAAAGAGCUUUUGAAGAUCCUUGGUGGAGAUCUUGCGCUGCUUCUUUACUCUGAGAUAAAAGAUAAACCCAGUGCUGCAUAAUUCUCCAUAAUUAUAUCUGAUCAAUUUUAAUGAGCGGGGGGUGUUGAUGUAAGGUUUAUCGAGUGGGCACCCAGCUGGGAGCUUAACUUUAGAGCGAAUCAUAGUCUUCCAUAGAACUUUGAGGCAACGUUUUUGUUUAAGUUUUAGGAAAAUGUACAACUAAAUCUGUCUUUUUUUUUUUUUUUUUUUAAGUUGAUGUUUAUAAACCGGCUUGCGAUGCUUUGAGAAAUAUAUAUGAUAUACAUUUGCAGAUGUGAUAUACCUUUAAAUUCAAGCUCAAUUUGAGUCGAUGGUGUAAGUUUAAUUUAUUUUUAUACUCUUCUAUAUAGUAAAUAUAUAAAAUUACCAAUUGUCCCACAUAUCUAUACACAGGCACAUGUUAACAUGAAUACAUAAAAUCUGGCAAAGAUGAAUUUGUCAGUAUGUCAGGGACUGUUGAAAUAUGUACGACAUGUUAUGGACGUCUUAUAUUACAAGUAGUCUUAGCGUAUGCUGCUGUCGUUACCUUAAUGUAGAAUCUGUGUAGUUGAUCCCGUGGGACAGUAAAUGUGUCUUUAUUAUUGGUGGGGGAGCUUUAGCAGCAUGAAGAUGUCCGUUCCCCCCAAAUGGGCCAUUUCUCUUUUUCUACUUGUCCAGAACAUGGGGAUGGAUGCAGUCAGCAAUCUUUAUUCAGUUUGGAGGUGAAAGCGGCAUGCCUUGGUUGAAUAAAAGCUACAAAUAGUUCUUGGUCUUUGUUUUAGCUAACUGGAGCAACAGAUUGGUGCGAUUGACCUCAGUCAGUUGUCAAUCUAAGUAUACUGUAUAAAUUGUUUUUAAAGACCCUGAAAACCUAUUGUCUCAAGCAUCUUCUAACCAUGUCUCACACAAACAUACAAUUUUCUCCCAAAGAUAGAACAGUCUUGUAAUUUUCCGUGAGAUUUUUUUGUAUUUAUGUCCUUGCUUUUCUUAAGGUGUGUAAAAGCACAAAGCAAAGCGUGUUUUCGCAUGGCGUUAUUCCCGCAAAGUCAGCCUGCAAUGUAACGUACCGAUGUCUGAAGUUAGCUCACAAAGUACGUUCCUAGCUAGCUAGCUAGCUACAAACGUUAGCUGUAAGCUAGGUCUUUAAAGUGCUAAGCUAGGCACGUUAGCUUUUAACUGCUGAUUUAGUCAUGAGUAUUUGAUGUUAUAGAGAAAUACUUUUGUUGUUUUAGAUUUUAAACCAAGUUUUCAGGGGCUUUGAACUACUUUUCUGUGUAUGCUGUGUUCAACUUUCUGGUGCCUGCACAGGCUAAAACAAACCACUAAAAGUAUUUGUAAGUGUGAUUUUUUACGCAGGUGUUGAAAACAGUUUUUGUUUGGCCUGUUCCAUCUCAAGUUUUCUCCUUCACAACCUUUUUGACUCCCUUUAUAAUACGGGACAGCAAGAGAGAAUGCUUCCAACCUAUCAGGGAAUUUUUUCCAUGUUGAGUAAAGUUUCGUUAACCAGAGAAAUCCAAAUGUUUGCUUCUUCGACUUUUCCUUUCCAUGUGUCGGCCUUGUAGUAGCCUACGGCCCUUUAGACUUUUCAGGUGUGUACAGACUUGUAUGAAAAUGACGAACAAAACAUGGUUUGGUAUAUUUGUCUGAUUAAAGAAAGAGGGAGAUGGUGUUUAUGCAAUUUACUAUUUUUAAAAGAUCUAAUACAUGAUUUCUGUGUAGCAAGAAGGCAGAUUCUUUUUGGUUUUAAAUGACGAUGGAUGUUUUCUUUAUGGGGUGCCUACCUCCAGGAUUCGAAAACAAAGGGGUCGCAAUCCGAAGAUGUUCACACGCUAUGUAUUAGAAAACAUAUAUUUUUGAUGUCUUUUUUUGAAUGAUGAUUGUCUCUAAAAGAACUAUUACAUAACAUUGCUGUAUUACUCUUAUUAGGAUUCAUUCCAUACUAUUUUACAUUUGAAUAGAAGUGCGACACGGGGUGAACUUUUAUCAUAUGAAGUAUUUACAGUACUCAUAACUGCAAACUGUACGUCUCUCUCUAAAUGAUACCUUAACAUUGUGUGUGGAUAUAUUGUGUGUUUGUAUCCAUUUGUCUGUGCGUGUGUGUGUGUGUGUGUGUGUGUGUGUGUGUGUGUGUGUGUGAAUGUGUGCCGAGUCUAGUAAACGAAUCUUGGGUUCAUGUCCUUUUUAAAGAUGCAGUAAUGUUCUCCGAGAGGUGCAUGUUAACCAAACUGUGAGCAGGUUUAUUGACAAUGCAUAGCUUUUUGCGUAAGAAAACAUCAGAGCUUCUUUAGAGAUAUCACCCAGGUCUUCUGGGGAUUUAGCACUGUGGUUUUGCAUCUUACUCCAGUUAGUUAGAAAGGUUGUUUUCCUCUAUCGGGAUUUGAUUUACACAGAUGGGGACGAGGCAGCGUUUGGUUGUUCUCCUCAUUCUUCUGACGACAUCUAAAACAUCAGAAUGUUUUGCAUUUGAAGUGCCCAUUUCAAUUGACAUUUUCAAAUCAUGAUUUGUGUGGUUUAAUUUCUCUUAAGCAGUGUAUACAUAUUGCUAUUUAAAAUGGUUCACAAAGAUAAACUGAGAUCAAUUAAAAGCAAGAUAUAGAAAGACAUCGAUUCAACUAUAAAGGGCUUCUUAAUCUAUCGGUCUUUAUUGAAUUGUGAUGACCUUGUUGCAUGUUUGUGUGUUUCUUGUGGAAAAAUAAAUGUGCCCUGGACAGGGGUAGUUUGUUUGAACUUUUGUCA